AAUGGCUGUGCUUAACCAGAAGUCUGUCUUGGACAUGAUUAAAGCAUUUAGAAGGAACUGGCAUGUUCUUUGUGAUUCUGAAAGAACUACUCUGUGUGGCGCAGACUCCAUGCUCUUGGCAUUGCAGCUUUCCAUGGCAGAGAACAAUAAACAGCACUAUGAAGAAUUUACAGUCUCUCUCAGUGAUGUUUUAAUGACAUGGAAAUUCUUACUACAUGAGAAAUUAAACUUACCCCUUGAAGAUAUGCAAGUGGUUGACCAUUAUGAAGACAUUAAGAAGAUUUACGAUGAUUUUUUGACAAAUAGUAAUAUGGUAGAUCUGAUCGACAUUUAUAAAAAAUGUAGGAUUUUGACUUCUAAUUGUGAAAAUAAUGACAUGAUAUCCCCCAUUCAACUACUGGAUUUUCUCUGUGGCAAAGAGCAUGCAGGAGAUGAUGAAAAUGAUCUUUAUAUGCCAAUGUCACCAGUAAAACACAACCAGGAUCAUGAAAAGGUACAGCUACUAGCAAAGAAAGUUAUCUUUUCAUAUUUAAGCCUGCUAGUAAAUUCAAAGAAUGACCUGGCUCUGGCUCAUAUUCUCAAUAUUCCUGAUAGAGGACUUGGAAGAGAAGCCUUCACUGAUUUGAAACAUGCUGCUCAAGAGAAACAGAUGUCUAUCUAUUUGAUGGCUACAUCCUUUAUUAGAACAUUAGAGCUUGGAGGGAAAGGCUAUGCACCAUCACCAUCUGAUCCUUUAAGGAAACAUGUAAAGGGACUGUCUAAUUUUAUUCACUUAAUUGACAAAUUAAAUGAGAUUCUCGGAGAAAUACCAAGUCCAAGCAUUGCAGGGAGUCGGAUUCUGUCAGUGAUAAAGGUGCAGCUGACUAAAGGCCAGAACAGCAGGGAUCCUUUUUAUAAAGCAGUUGAGGAAGCUGCUCAGGCUUUGGACUUGAGGAUUAAAAACAUUAUCAAUUCUCAACAAGAGGCUGUAGCUGUCAGCACCCCUGACAUCAGUCCUGCCCGGCCCAAAUCUCAUGCCAUCAACCAUGACACAUCAUACUGUGGCAGAGAUACCGUGAAAACUUUACUAGUUCUCUUGGAUGAAGAAGCAGCCCGUGCUCCUACCAGAAACAAAGCAGAGCUUUUAUAUGGUGACGAAAGCACCAUUCAUUGUAAUGCAACUUCUAUUCUUACACUUUUUACCUCUCCCACACAAGUGAAUAACUCAUCAGUGAAACCCCUAAGAGAACGCAUCUAUAAGUCAAUGCAAGAGAAAAAAAAUAAGAUGACUCAAACAUUAAUUAGAUCGCAGUUUGCUUGUACUUAUAAAGAUGACUACAUGAUAAGCAAGGAUAAAUGGAAUAACAUGAAUUCUGCAUCAGAACCUUUAUGUGUUCUUCAUAUGGAAAACAACCUUGCUGAGGGUAUAAAAUCAUCUGUUGGAAAAUCAACAAUUGCAACAAGUUCUGGAAAUGUUCAUCUGGACAGAAGUGAAAAUGACAAAGUAUCAAGAAAAUCAAGUGGCCAGACAGGAAAUAAAAGCUCAAAAAGGAAACAGGUGGAUUUGGAUGGCGAAAAUAUUCUCUGUGAUAACAGAAAUGAACCACCUCAACAUAAAAAUGUUAAGAAACCUAAAACAUCAAAGGAUUCACAGAAUAAAUUGGAUAACGAAGUAACCAAAGUAGCAAAAGGCAAAAAGUAUACUUCUAAGGCCAAAUUCAUCACUGGCCAGACAAAGUUAACUCAAUUUUUUAGACUAUGAUUGUGUCUUUUAUGUGUUUUAGAUUUAUGCAUAUGGAAAGCUGUACACCAAAGUCACAUGUUUAAUUUAUAAAAGCUCAAGGUGUCAGUUGUGAUGCUUUUAAAUUUUUCUUUGAAGUGAACGUAAGGUUCAUGUGAUAAGCAUUGUUUAAAAACAACACUGAGUCAUAAUUAUGCAGAAUUUUCACAAAGUUUAAUAUACAGAAAAAGCACAUCAUUUAGAUUAUUGGUAUGUCUUAACACUACUUUCUUUUAAAGCAGACAUUUAAAAUAAUAUACAAGUUAUAG